AUGCCGAAUACCGGCAAGCCUAGCCUGGACUGCCACCUCUGCCGCCAGAGGCGUGUCAAGUGCGACCUUGCCAGGCCGGCGUGCCAGCGAUGCGUCAAGUACGGCGCCGUCUGCCCGGGCUAUCGCGACCAGCACGAGCUCGUGUUUCGCAACGCCAACCCGGCCACUGUUCAGCGACGCAGGAAGAAGCGCAGCGCAGCAGCAGCCGAGGCGCCUGCGGUGGCCACGGCAGGUCAGUCGCCGGCUUCGGCAGCGGCCGCCGAGGAUGAGGAGGGCGGUGAGAAGACGACGACGCUGGUGACGUGCCCCGGCUUCGUCAAAGCCCGCACCUCCCCCCCUGCCGCCGACACCGUCGGCAGCAUGGUCCUGCACGGCCGCGUCACCGAGCACUGGACGUCGCAGUCGGUGCCCCUGCUGCUCGACGUCUACUCGGCGCUGGACUUCCUGCGCAGCGUCUACACCACGGAGAGCCGCCGCGGCACCGCGGCCACCGGGGGCCCGCUGCUGUGGUCGGCGCACAUCUUCACGCGCACCUACACCAUGAACGUGCGGUACCCGACGCACGUCGAGGACGCGCUGCGGCUGUCGACGCAGCGCGAGCUGGCCAUGUACAUGGGCAAGACGCUGCGCGCGGUCAACCGCGCCCUCGGCGCGCCGGGCGGCGCGCAGCGCGACGACAUCCUCGCCACCGUCUGGAUCCUCGCCAACUACGAGGUGCUCGCGGGCACGCUCGGCCGCCAGCAGCCCGUCAACGCGUGGCAGCUGCACGCCAGCGGCCUCUACAGCAUCCUGAAGGCGCGCGGCGGCGGCGCGCUGCGCGCCAGCGCCGGCCGCAUGGCGUUUUGGCCUGCGUUCAACAUUGUGCAGCUGCAGGCGCUCAUCGUCAACGUGCCGUGUCCGGCCGAGACGGACGAGUGGCUGGCCGUCUGCGAGGCGAGCCUGCACGACGGCGAGGAGCUGACGCUGCGCAUCGCGCAGUACAUAGCGCGCGUGUGCGCCGUGCAGGCGCGCAUCAUGGCGCACCUUUGCGCGGCCGACUUCCGCGGCGCCUCGGACGACUACGCCUCGCUGCGGCAGGGUCUCCUCGACGCCGACGAGGCGUUUGAGGCGUAUUUGCGCACGCGCUCGCCGCUGAGGCCCGACGGCGACGACGUGGCCAUGGACGUGUACAUGCAGAACCUGCAGUGCGCGGCCGUCAUCAAGAGCAACCACCUGAUGCAGAUGCUGUGCAACCUGCUCACGCACCACGCGGCCUGCGCCGUGCCGCUCGCGACGCUGUUCGCGCACCGCCGCCACGCGCUGCACCGCAUCAACACGAGCGCGCAGGCCAUCGUCGGCAGCCUGCCCGUGGCUAUGGAGCCGCUGUCGCGGACGACGGUGCUCAAGAGUCCGCAGGUCCUCUUUGACGCCAUGAAGCUCGUCUUCCCGCUGUUCCUGGUCGCGCACAUACCGGCGACGCGGCAGGAGCACAAGACGGUGGCCAUGCAGGCGCUCACCUUCAUCGGCAGGGAGGUGGGCAUCCGGCAGGCGCUGGCGGGCGAGGGCGCGCCUACGAUGCCGCUGCCGGACGAGGCGCGGGCGCCGCUGGUCACGGAUCUGCUGGUGGAGGAGCCGCCGUGGGUGUCUGCGCCGCCGCGGGACUUUACGCUACUGGGUUUCUGA